AUGCUACCAUUAUUGUUGUUGCUGGUAGAUGGUUGCUCUUGCAAUGAUACUCCAUUCGUCAUUAAUCGGGUCACAAAUCAGGUCGAAUUCUCGGAGUUACUUCUAGGAUAUAAUUAUGAUCAUGCUGAUAAUCGUUCUGUAGAGGUGACAGUAAGCUUUUCAAUACGUCAUAUAAUUGUUCAAUUUGAUACAGUUUCUUUAUCAUGCGAAAUAUUCCAAAAAUGGCGAGAUUCCCGUCUUAAAUAUUCUGGCAUUAAAUCUACUACCAUUCCGAAAGGUAUUAAAAUUUGGAGGCCUGACACGAAUAUCUUCGAAUCAGUUGCGACGUAUGGCGCACAAUCACUUCGCUUAUACUCUGAUGGCACUAUUUGUUGGAAGCAACGAGCUACUUUAACAUUUCCUUGUAUUUCGUACUUUAGACUCAAACAAAGUGCUCUGUCAACUCUGAAUUGCUCGUUGAUUAUUGGAAGUUUCGACAAUUCAGGAGCAGAAUCGAUUAUAUACAGAAUUGGCGACAUAAUGCUACCACCAAAUUUGAAUCCAGUCUUCACGAUCAAUUACACGAUUGCAACAUUUCAAGAAAUUGCACUAAAUGGGGAAUCAGUGAUUCAAACUGCCAUACAUUUCCUUAUUGAAUCGGAUCAAAUUGAUCGGUAUUUUAAUAGAACAGAACUUUAA